UCUCUCUCUUCUUUCCCCCAUGCCUCUCUCCUUCUCCUAGCCCAAACCUCCAACUGCAUCAAGAGCCUGCAGAGCGGUGAGCAGGACAGGGGCCAGCGGCAGCAGGCAGGAUGUUUAAUGCCGUGCCACGACAUCCAGAACAGGCAGAGAACAGAGUGUGACGGCAUCACCUUCUAACAGUAGAGACCCAACCGAAACACAAAGGAAAAAUAGCUGGAGGAGGAGACGACAGGAGAAAACGAGAAAUGACAUGAUGAGAGCCCUGACCAUGCCUGCCUGCUCUGCCUCUGUGCUCUGCCUGCUCCUCCUGCUGCUGUGUGGGCUGCUAGGAGGCUGGGUGCUGUCUAUUUGCCCCUCUGUGUGCUCCUGCACCUGGGGACACCGUGUGGUGGACUGCUCCUCACGAGGCCUUACCAAGCUACCGCAUGGUCUGCAGCAUAACAUCCGCUUUCUCAACCUCUCUUUUAACAGCCUGCAGGGUCUGGACAGCCAGCUCAGCCACUAUGCCCACCUGCGAACACUGGACCUGUCCUACAACCGUCUGGAGAGCCUGCCACCCGCCCUGCCACGGUCUCUGUGGGACAUCAGAGCAGCGGGGAACCACCUACGCUCACUGGACAAAAACGACACGGCUUACCAUUGGAACCUGAAAGUCCUGGACCUGUCAGACAACGAACUGGAGAGAGUGGUCUUCAUCAACAACACACUGCCCAGUCUCCAAGCUCUCAACCUCAGUCACAACAGAUUCUGGACUGUGCCCACAAAUAUGCCGCACAACAUAGAGAGCAUUGAUCUGUCACAUAACUAUCUGGUGCAGAUCCUGCCUGGAUCUCUGGAUCGGCUGCCCAGGCUGGCUAAGUUCUACCUGCACGCUAACCGCUUCUCCUGGUUGUCAGAGGGGGUGUUUGAUAAGCUGACGGGGCUGGAGGUGAUGACUCUUGGAGAUAACCCCUGGGCUUGUGAAGAAGAAGAAAACAUAACAAGGCUCCUGAGAUGGGCUGAGCAGACCCGUGCCACCAUCUUAGGCUGCCCCUGUUACACAAGACCCAUCUGUGGACAAACCCAUCUGGCAACCCCAGGGAGGGAGUGGCAUUCUGCACUGUUCACUGAGCCACCGCUCUGGGUUGACAGCAGAGUUGAAAGGCAUGAUGGUCAAUCUCCUGCAAGGACUGCAGAGGUCACAUCAAGUUACCAGGCCAAAUCAGCGCUGUUUGAGACGGGAAUAUAUCAGGACAAAAGAGGAGUGAACCAGUCUGAGGACCAUGUGGUGUUUGUCUGGACACUGUCCACAAGUUUGGACAGUUUCUCCACACACACAAGCACAACAGCACGUCCACAGUCUUCAACAAAGAAUCCCAAAGUAGCUAACUCACAGAAUAAAAGUCACGGCCUCCUUGUUGAGACUCAGCAAACUGUCACCUUGACUGUUUUAGUAAUGACAGCAGCAUUCAACACCUUCUGAAACAUCUGGAUGGACACAAAAUAAAUACUCCAUUUACUGGAUUAUUCUGGACAGUGAAUGUAUGACCAAGUAACUCCACGUAGCACCUUCAUUUUCCCUGGUAUUAACUGUCGUGACUGUUACAGUCAUCCAGUUCAUAAUCAUCAUUUUCACUAGUUCAACAUAUAAAACAUGACAAAUGCCUGUACGCAAAGAUUAACUGUACAAACCUACAAGACAGAAACUUCUCAAAAUGUCUGCAGACAUGAUUCAAUUGGUGUGCUAAUGUCAAUGCUCAACCCUCAGUGUAAUGCUUUCACACUGACAGACUGCUGUGGUCUAUGCUCUCUUCAUAAUACUGAUGCUUGUGCUGCUGGGCUUUUCAAAACCCAAUUUACAAAAUACAUUAUAUGACAUUCCAUAGCACCCACUGGCACCCUUGGCUCUCUCUGUCACUGAGUGGCAGGGGGCAAAAAUGUCUACACAACAGAUUAGUUACCAGUAAAGGGCUAGUUCAAUGGAAGACUUCAAAGGAAAACAUUAGGGAUAGUUAUGACAUGAAAUACAACAGUACAAUGCAAUGAAUCCCCUAUGAUGUAACAGAGUAUGCAACAAAUAAAGUCUGAGAAGAAAAACCAAAGCACAAGAAACAAAAAAUCAUGUUGAAAAGACAGAAGAAGAUGAUGCAUCAAACUUUCAUUAAAGGCAAGAACUGUUUGUACUUAUAUCUAGAAAAAGUUUACUACAUCACAUUUUCUCAUUUCUGUGUUAUAUACGGUAAGCUGUGUUUCAUAAUCAGAAUGUUGGUGCUGCUUUUUUAUUGUAUGGCCAUUAAACAAUCCAUUCAACCCUGGGCUGAAAAUGUAUAUUUAAU